AUGGCGCCGAAGACCAAUCUAGACCUAGUGAGUGAGUGUGAUAGCUUUCCAUACUAUUCAGACAACCCGGAAGUGUACAAGGCCAAGAUAGCAAACUACUACUCUUUUCUAUUGGAGGGAUGUGGCGCCACGUUGGGGUACAUGCCCUCCAGAAUUGCAAAGCAAAUGCCCAUUAACCAGCAUUGGAAACUCGACACACAGCGAGGGACUCUGACUUUCCAGCCGAGAGAUGCAGAGGGAGCGCCGGUCGUGGAUUUUGAGUCACGGAACUGGAUAUUGGCUGAUUAUCUCUAUGAAGUGAAAGAGAAGAAGGUUUUUCAAAUCCUUGACGGUUGGCGGAAUGAACGCUUUCCUAUUUAUGGGCCCAAGAAGGAAGUCCUUCUGAGUAUGGAACGUGCAGCCACCGCGCUCUUCGGCGUGGUCACCUACGGUGUGCACAUGACAGGCUAUGUUGUGACUGAUGAAGGCAUGAAAAUUUGGACACCUCGCCGUGCGUUGAACAAGCAGACAUACCCGGGAAUGAUGGACAACACGGUGGCCGGUGGUUUGAGUAUUGGGGAGCAGCCUUUCGAGUGUUUGGUCAGGGAAGCUGAAGAAGAGGCGUCACUUCCCGCUGAUCUCGUGCGUACAGCGCAGGCCUGUGGAGCCACGACUUACUUGCAUAUCCGGGACGCCAGGGCCGGAGGAGAACUUGAUCUCUGUCAACCGGAAUGCGAAUAUCUCUAUGAUCUCAAGAUGCCUCCAGAGGUCAUACCGAAGCCCGGCGACAAUGAGGCCAUCGACUUUCAGCUUCUGUCAAUACAGGAGGUUCAGAGUGCCAUGGCCGCCGGAAGGUUCAAACCCAACUGUGCCCAAGUGCUGUUGGAGUUCUUUGUGAGACAUGGUAUCCUGACACCUGAGAACGAGCCUGAUUACAAUCAGAUCAUUUGGAAACUCCACCGGAGGCUGGAAUUCCCAACUAUCUAG